GUUUAAUCUCCUUUUGCUUAAUUCAGUAUAUCCCUAUUACUUACUACUUGCAUACAUGCACAUAUACAUACAUACAUACAUACAUACAUACAUGAUCCUACAUACUUGAAAAAUGCUGGCUACACAGAGGCUAGAACAAGGCUACACAAACCCGUGCAGGAUGCAUCAUCCCAAACUCUUUCCCACCUUUUGUGUAAUAUUAUCCAGGUUGGUUAGUCGUCAGCCAGCCAGCCACAAUGAGCUCAUCUAUCUCCCUCUCUCUCUCUAUUUUUUUGCCUUCCCUUCACCGUCUUUCUGGGGGAGGGUGGUGGUUGGAAUGUGAGUGAGGGUGUGGUAUGAUCUCUAGUCUAUGAUAUACUAGCUAGCUAUGAUGAUUUGUGCGAGGGAUUGAGUUGCCAUAGACUGUAUAUUAUUAUUAUAU